AUGUCCGAGCUCGUCGGCAUGGUUAACGCCAACGGUAAUACAAUCAUCUCUGGACCAUUUCUGCAACUUGAAAAACCAGAAACAACGCGACUAUUAAUCACGAAACAUCAUCUGUACCAUUAUCUGCCGUGCAUUGCCACCAUUGAGGAGAACUACUACGACAUUAGCAACGAGACUCACUACUUUUACACCUGGUAUCGUAAUGAUCAAGUGGUGGAGACCCACAGCCGACGUAACGAGUUCAAAAUCUAUCGCAAUGGCACUUUGCGCUUGCCGCCCACAGAGAAGGCAGCUGGCGGGUAUCGCUGUAAAAUCAAUGCCAACACAACAGCGGUGCUGUCGGAGCUCAUCACAGUGGAAUAUCCUGUACUCAAGCGCGUAAUAGCGCCCGCCACUAUAACCGCCGCCACUGGUCAACCACUCACGCUCGACUGUCCGGUGAUAAGUGUGCCACCAGCAAAUAUUAGCUGGUUCUAUGGAAAUGUAUCGUUAUCAAAGCAAUUCGAAGACAACAGAUAUUUAAUACUUGCGAAUGGUACUUUGGUGUUGCGGAAAUUGACUUUGGACGCUGCGGGGCGUUACAAAUGCUUGGCGCAAAAUCAAUUCGGCUCCAAGAUUCAUCGCCAAUUUAUAUGGGCCUUGAAUGUGCUGAACGAUCCCACAACAGCAAACCGAAACGAGCUCCUACCCAGGUUGCAGAACUCAACGCAGUAUGUGCCAACAGGAGCCAGCUGUCAGUUGCUUUGUUAUGGUCAAAGAGAUGACAUACCGAUCGAGUGGUGGUAUCGCAGUACAUUAAACGCAGUACCGCUAAAGAUCAGCAAUCACAGCAAUGAAUAUAAUCUAGAAGAAGUCAGCCAGGAUGCUCAUCAGGGUUACUACAGCUGCGUUAGGGGGAGAAGCAAUCAGACAUUUCAUGUGAUCGUUACCUCCCCACCGGUGAUCGUCGAACCGCUCAUCUCAUAUGAGACACUUAUAACCGCUUCGUUGCAGUUUCGUUGCAGCGCCACCGGCAAUCCCCGGCCGGUGAUCAGCUGGUAUCACAAUGGGGUUCCUCUCAACAGUUCCUAUACGCGCUAUAUCAUUGGCAACGAUUUGCACAUACACUCCUUCGAUCCGAUUGAGGCGGGCAUAUAUCAGUGUUUUGCGCGGAAUAUCGCCGGAGAAGUGUACAGUGCGGCAGAGUUACGUUUUCGCAACAAAGGUGACGAGUUGCUGCUGAAGAACCCGCUGCAGAAUAUACGAUGUUAUGCGCUCAGCUUUAAUACGAUAAAUGUGACUUUUGAGAGCAACUUUUUUGAGUCGCUCUUCAUCGUACACAUUGUGCAGAACAAUCCGCAUCGCUGGAUUUCACCAUUUGCACCCAUGAAACUCAAUCAUACCUCACAUUUGGUUAUUUCGAGCCACCUACCCGUUUACCGUCCAUUUGAACUGAUUACCCGUGUACUUGUGCCCACCUCGGAGAUACGUUUGGCCAAUAAGCCGCAGCAACAGACAAUACUCAGCUCAUUACGCAGCCCACCGGUGACUUGCUGCACACAAGGCUUGAUUCUACACUUGGUGCACAUGGGCAACGAUACCUUUGUCACUUGGUCGCAACCCGAGUUGGAUGGCAAGAAGUAUUUUAUACUACAAUUCUCCUGCAACUAUACACAACCACAUCCGCAGCAGCUGCUUAGUCAACGGCUACGUGGCACCACGCAACAUGUGGAUCUCACACAACAGGACGUCGCUCAGAAGCUUUGUGAUAUCACUGCACUCAACGAGACAGAGAUGCGUGCGGUGUUGAGGGGCGCUCAGGCGCAGUACAUUGACAACAACAGUCAUGUGGAGUUGGAAGAAGAAGUUUUUAGUUUGGUGGUUUUUGCAAAUAUCACGGGAGUGUUACUGCAAGAUUUCCAGCGCGUGAAAUUCCGUGUGCUGAUUAUCACGCGUGAAAAUGAACAUCUCCGACAGGACUUUCGCUAUGUACAAUGGAAGACGAUUGAGAACGAUACCAACGAACUGGCCAACACACCCUUUCGUCUCAGCAUUGUGGAGUCGCGCGUGCUCACCUUUCACUUUCGCGAAAAUUUCAAUGAAUCCUGUGUGCAUGUGUGCCAUUGGCAGAUACAAUUCCCCAUCAUACGCAAAGAGGAGCCGAAAUGUGAUCAGCUGCCAAUAACUAACUCACAAGUGGAGAUACGAGGUCUUAAGCCAUCGGAGCGCUAUCGCAUGAAUUUCUUUAGCUGUGAAACUCAAACCUUCUAUGGGCAGGUGGAUAAGCAGACAUUGCCUGAUCCGCCAGGCACAAUCAGCAAUCAACGCAUUAUACGGCACAAUGGUUUAAAGAUGCUAUGGGAUCCGCCACUGCAACCCAAUGGCAAGAUCCAUCACUAUAACAUCCUAUGGACGUUGGGUAAUGUGACACAUGAGAUCAAUAUUUUAGACUGUACUGCAUGUUCCUUUAAAUUUCCCAACAUCUCCGAGAGCGCAAAAAUAAAUGUAACCAUACGCGUCGUAGGUGAAACCGGUGUUGGCGCACCAAUUUUUAUCGAUUUGCGCAGCAUUAGUCAUCAUUCUCUAGAGAUCGAAUGCCCUUCGAACGAAUCUGAAGUUUACAGUGGCAUCAUUAUUGGCUCCCUGCUCUCCGUGGUCUGUGUCAUCAUCUUUGCAUUGCUUAUCAUAUUCCAACGCCGGCGCUAUAAAGCGCGCAUGCAGGGUCCCACACAUCUGAGCUCACCAUCGGAUAUGAAUUUUGGUAAUCUGAACAACCCAAGUAUACCCAGCGAGAGCGCAGGUGGCUUAAGUGGUAGCACUUUUCAGCAGGAUUGUCACGAGAUGCAAACACUUAUACCAAAAAGCGGACGUCACAUCGAUUUGCAGGCCAAUCGUCCGAAAGAAUAUCAAACUACACAGCUACCGAAUGGCAAUGGAAAUAUCGUCCGGCGCCAACUUACAGUGGAGGUGGAAACCAAUGCCAGUGGUUUGCAGAACGAGUUUGAGUUGGACGGCCGAGCGAACGUAUCGCAACUGCCAUUGUGCAGCUCCACACCGGAGAAGGUGCCACCAGAUGGGGCUCAUGCGUUUUUCAUACCCUUCAAGCAGACGCCGCCUAACACAGUGGUGACGGCAAUAGCCAAACAACAUAGUUCCUCAGGUAAUUAUGCCAACAACGGAGGUGAAGGCGGCGGCGGAGGUGAUGCAAGCGGUUAUGUAGUGCCGCCAAACACGUUGCCGCUUAUGUCAACACCACCAACAACGCUGGCGCUUAGCGCAACAGGUCAGCAGCGUAGUGGAAGCCUCAGUAGUAGCAGUUAUGGUGGUGGUGGUAGUGGCGGCAUCGGUCCUAAUGGCAGUCGUAGCAGUAGUAAUAGCAGUAAGAAACAGUUCCAUGCAAAUUACUCGAAACAUUCCAAAUCGAAUGAUGUGAUUUGUCUGCUCGCGGACGAGGAGGUGGCGGCCACACUGACACCAACGAGCGAAACGGCCGUAGCGUUGGCAUUAACAAACGGCUUGAAGGCAGCUGCAGUGGCGCGAACGACAGAAGCUGCAGCAACAACAAAGGCAAUAGUUAAUGCAGGCGGCGAGCAGAAACCAACAACAACUACUGCAACUCUGCAUACACCCAACCAAAAAAGUACUUCUUCGUCUUUAGUUAGUCCUGCCACACAGCCAAACCGCAGCAAAGCUGUCAAACUGAAGAAAUCCGCUGCCGACAAAAAGCAGCGCAAUUCAACAGCGUUGAGUCGCGGACACAAUUCCAUAGUUCCUGCCUUUGGAUCGGUUGCUGCAACAAGCAGUACCACUGCCAUACCCACAGCCAAUCCAUGGUCCACAACGGCACCACAGCUCACAGCAGCAGCAAUAACGUCAGCAUCCGCGUUAGCGCCCAGCAGUAGCAGCAGUGCUUUUAGUGUAGCAUUUAGUGGCGCGCAUCGACGCCCCAACGUCGAUCCGAAUGGUUGAGCAGCUGAGCUAAAGUAUUAAGCAAAGAAGAAUCAAGUUUUAUGUAAGUUAAGUGGAGCGAUAGAACGUUUAAGGUGGAGAUAAUUUGAAGAGGAAACACAUUCAGGAUAAAAAUAGUGAUUAGGCGCCGCCGCUUUCGCUGUCGCCGAGGAGGGCGCGCAAGCGUGCGCGCUUCAAACAAAAAAGAAAACAUACAAACUACAAAGCAGUAAA